CAAAAAAAAAAAGUCCGACCGGUACUGUCCUAGCCGCCAGUCGGUAAAUCCCAUGGCAGCGGCGGCGGCGGAGGCGGAGCCCGCGGCCGAAGAGGCGACGCUCAGCAUCUACAAGGCGGCUCGGCGAAUCAAGCGGCGGGGGAGCACCCUGUACAACGCGCUGCGGAGCGUGGCGGAGGACGCGGCGUUCGUGGCCGAGAUCGCGGCGCUGUGGCCGGCGCUGCCGCUGGUCGCUAACCUCCGCUGUGGCCUCUGGUACACGCACCCCCGCUCCCUUGCCGCUACCUGCUACUUUAAGUCCACAGAUGGCCACGCCGGUAACUGGUCCUUCUCCACCGCCCGCCUCAAUCUCCACCUUGCUCUGCUCGCAGGGGAAAGAGGAGGGUGCAUAAUAGUUGAUUCAACAAGGAAAGGGAAAAGAUUUCCUGAUAGCAUGUCAAAGACCAUACCCAUUUGGUGCUCUGUCCUGAACCGAGCUAUUCAGAGGCAUCGGCUGCGGGCUAGCAACCAAGGUAGCAGAACGAAUUCUGAAAUGUCAGCGGCUGCACCAAACGGGCAUGGUGAAAAGAAUUCUGGUUCAUCAAACUGGGAUAGCUCGGUGCAUCUUCCUGUGUGGGUUUUAGAUACCGAGAAAAAUGCUAUAGAGGGGCGUAUUGAAGAAUGGACGGACAGAUUCGAAUCGUGUGGUGCAGACAUUCAUUCUCUUGCAUUAGGUUUGCACAAACCACUACGUCCGCUGUGGGUUUCACAAAAUACACGUAUAUGGUUAAAUGAAGUUCCAGAGCAUGAGUUAUGGGAAUUCACCCCCGUCAUAUUAGUUUCAGCAUCUGCAUCUUGUGCAGUAGCUACACAAAGGAUGUCUUCGGAGUUCAGUUGGCACUAUAUUCCUGGUGCAGGAGAUGAUGAAGAGAGCUGGGCACGUGGUCUAACUCCUGCGUUAUUCUGGAAGCAUUCAUACGAUCUACUUGAUGGUGGACCAGAUCUUUGUAAUCAGUUAGUUUCUGAUAUUGUUGAAAAGGAUAGGGUUUAUCGUUCACAGAGAGGUGAGCAUUCGCCCCAAAUUACUGUUAACCAUCUAAAGUGUUUGGGUGAUGAUGGUCCUUACUUUUACGACGAACAUACAAUCAUUACGAAGCCUAUGAACUUGGACCCUUCUACUAUCACUCCAAUAGAUACACCAUGUUCCAAUAAUAGUCAUCUAGUCUUCUGGAUUGGGACAUCAAACCUUGCAGUAUCAUCUACUAUCCAAGUUGCAGAUGACUUGGCUGAUGUUGACUGCAUACUGAACUGUGACAGCACAUCAAGAUUACCUUCGAGUUCAUCAGAAAAUUCUUACCUUGAGAUAGCUAUCGUGGGUUCCAAGAACGACCGGUUUUCUUUGUUGAAAAAUCUUCCAAAAGCAAUUAAUUUUGCACAGAGAAAUCUCAUAGCAAGAAGAAAAAUACUACUAUGCUGUCAAACUGGAGAAGAUAUAAGCAUUUGUGUCGCCUUGGCAAUAAUUACACGAUUAUUCAAUGACAGUGGAUGCUUUGACGAUGGCGAUUAUUUUGUGAAAAGAGACAUCACAAAGUUGGAGAUGCGGAAGAGGCUAGUAUUCAUUUGCAAAUAUGCUAUCAAUGCGCGCCCAUCUAGGGGAAACUUGAGACAGGUCUAUGGUUUCCUUUGCAAUGAAAAGGCACAGCUAUGUUGUUAGCUUUGUGGUCACAAUGUGGUAAAAAAAGAAGAAGCUUUGUGGUCAUAAGCUAUUGCUUUUACAUCCCCUAGCAAAAUGCAUUUGUGAGGUAUCUAUAUUCUGAUCAGCUGCCACGCAGAUAUCGAGCAUCAGUACGUUUGGUCUUCUCAGUUGAUUCUACUGUAUUCUCGUAUCAUCAGUGAUCUGCUAGCCUAUGUAGAAUUAAUGGUCCCAAGUUAGCUUUGGAAUUGCUCAAACGGUACGGAGAUGAUCACAUACUGACCUGCACAUAUCUUCAGGAAAAUGAAGACCAAUUUUGUAGUUUUGAUGGCAAAUACAAGCCGAAACUGCCUGUUUGUUGAACUGAUUUUUAUACUUGUCAGGAAUUUACAAAAAGCAUAUCUCUUUGAGAAUUCAAAUUGAUUGAAUAUUUCAGAUAUCGUGAUGAAAUAUGGGAGGACAAUUUUAUUUUA